GUGUGGCAGGGUCAUGAAAAAGCGGCGGCGGCGGGAGAGAAGAGGAAGAGGCGGCGGGGGUGUGAAACUGCGGUAGCUGCCGGCCGGGCUGGUGGUGUGGCUUGUGGGGAAGGCGUAGUUCCUAACCCCCUUUCCGGGCAGCAGCCGGGGCUCGGGGCUGAGAGCGGCCGUGGGGCCGCCUCCCCGGGCCCCCUGGCUCCGCCAUGUUCCGCAGGGCACGCCUUAGCGUGAAGCCGAACGUCAGGCCUGGUACGGGCGCUAGGGGCUCCACCGCCCCCACCGCCCCCAGUGUCCAGCGUGGACAGGAGUCUCCCAGGCCUCCGGAGCCUGCGGCUGACUCUGCUUCGAAGCUAGCAGAGCCUACAGAUGUACCCGUGGUGGAUUUCGGGCGAGCGGAGCCCCAAGAAAAGGCUCCUAGGAGCAGUGUUGGAAAGGCUGGUGAUGAGAAAGAUGUUGAAGAAUCCAGCAAAUCUUCCUUUCCUGUUUCCCAGAGAAGAAAGCGACUAUCAAGUACUUCUAGUGUGGUUAAACCUAGUGUUAGUGUUCCUACAGAAUCUCAUCCCUCAUCUGCAGUUAACCAAGAAACUCCACAGCCAAACCCCAUUCCAACAAAAGAGAAACAGCCAUGCUCAGAUAGAUAUCGAAUAUAUAAAGCCCAGAAACUGAGGGAAAUGUUAAGAGAAGAAUUGAGAAAAGAGAAGAAACAAUGGAAAAACAAAUAUGCUAUAAAUGAAAGUCAGAGGCCACCAGAUCGUUCAAAAAUGACUAUGAGAGACUUCAUAUAUUAUCUGCCAGAUAACAAUCCAAUGAGUUCUUCACUGGAACAAGAAAAGAAAACAGAAAAAGUAUUGACUGCAGUCCAGACAAGAGAGCAAGAAGGUAAGAGUACUCCUGAUGCUGAAGAUAACGAAGCAUUGGAAGAAGAGACAGAUGAUGGGCCAUUGCUGGUUCCUCGAGUAAAAGUGGCAGAAGAUGGUUCCAUUAUUUUGGAUGAAGAAAGUUUAACUGUAGAAGUUUUAAGGACAAAAGGCCCCCGUGUUGUUGAAGAAAAUGACCCCAUAUUCGAGCGUGGUUCUACAACUACAUAUUCCAGCUUUAGGAAAAACUAUUACUCUAAACCAUGGUCAAAUAAAGAAACAGAUAUGUUUUUUUUAGCCAUCAGCAUGGUUGGAACUGACUUUUCCAUGAUUGGACAGCUUUUUCCUCACAGAGCAAGGAUAGAAAUUAAGAAUAAAUUUAAACGUGAAGAGAAAACAAAUGGAUGGAGAAUAGACAAAGCAUUCCAGGAAAAGCGUCCUUUUGACUUCGAUUUUUUUGCUCAUUUGCUUCAGAAAGUUCUUGCUGAAGAAGAGAAAAGAAAACAAAAGUCUGUUAAAAAUCAUAGUUUAAAGGAGAAGAAAUCCUCCAAACCACGGAAAAAUGUAAAAGUGAAAAAAGUUGCCCGUGAACAAGUGAAUAAUGAUCCAGAUGCGUCUGUGAGUACUAAAAUUUCAGACACACAAAGAUCUCCAAAGGAUGUUCAGACAGUUGAAGAAGAAGAUUCUUUGACUUUAUCAGGGCAAGAUUCAGAACAGGUUGCUUUAGAACAAGAUCUAAAUCAAAAGGAAAGGAGAAGGAAGAAUCAAGAAGCAACUAAUGAACCGGAAGCAAACAGUCUUGUGGAGAAUGCCACUGUUCAGUCAGGCCCUUCUAAAGGAGAAAAACAUAGGAAUAAAUGUCAGUCUUUAAGGCCUGAGGUAAAUGAAGAUGAAUGCAAUAAACAACAGCUUUCCUGUGUACAAAACAUAGAUGACAUUGUGGGUUUAGCCUCCAGUGAAAAAGUUGAGAAAAUAACUGACCCCAUCCUUUUAUCAAGUAAUCAACAAGAUGCCAUGUUAGUAGCAACUGAGUCUUCAGAAUCAGGCACUUCAGAUUUGCCUUCAUUAGAAGUUGGAAUUAGAACAAUGUGUGAAGUGAAUAAUGCUGACAGUAGUUGUACAGAAGAAAGAAAUGCUGACCUAAAGAGUAAAUCACUGGAAACUGAUCAAAUGGAAAAUGUUAAGCCAGUGUUGAGAGGUCGACUCCAGAGACCUAAACCAAAUUUAUCAAGGGCAGUUGGGAAGAAAUCAGUUCUUUCACAAGGCAAAACAGAUGCAGAGAGCAAGAAUUCACAUUCUGAAACUUCAGUUGAUAAGAAUCCCAUUGAAAAGGAUAAAGUGAAUACACUUGACAUUUCUGGAAUGGAGAAUACAGAGAGAGAGAACCCAGAAGCUAAGACUAUAUCUAAUCUGAGUGAAAAAAAAAGUCUACAGGAAGAUGAUCAAGCAAAGGCUCUCAGAUCUACACGAGUAACGAGGGGCCGAUUGCAAAGGCCAAAGCCAAAUUUAGGUAAAGCUGCUGAAAGAAAAGAAAUUUUUGCAUCACUGGAAAAAAUUGGAGCCAAUGUAGAAAAGAAUGAAAGUGAAUCCUGCGUUGAUAGAGAUACUCUGCAACAAAUGGAAGAUGAGUCGUAUAAAAAUUUUGAAUGUGAAGACAUCACAACACAGCCUGCAAAUAAAGAUUCUUUUCAAGAUGUGCAGCCAGAUGAGCCCAAGGUUCUUAAUGAAUGUCUAAGCAUUCAAGAGGAUAAGAAAGCACCUAUACUCAAACAAGUCCCAAUUCUAAGGCCUCGAUUUCAGAAACCAAAGCCAAACAUAGAAAGAGGCACUGGAAGAAAAGAAAUUUCCUCAAAGGAGGAGGUACCAGAGGAGACUCUUGUCUCUGGCGAAAUGACAGCAGCUUUGAGAGAAACUGUAAGACUAGACACCUCACCAAAGGAAGUGGGACUAGUGGAAAUUAAUACUGCUAAGGAAAUGGAGUCAAAUUUAAAAGAAGCUGGAAGAGGAGACCUUUCUUCCAGGGAGAAGAUACCAGAAGUGAUUGAUGUCAUCAUGGAAAUGGAGACAGGUUUGAAAGUAACUGGAAGAGAAAUUUCCCCAAGGGAGAAGAUACCAGAGAUGAUUGAUACCACUGAGGAAAUAGACACAGAUUUGAAAGAAACUGGAAGAAGAGAAAUAUUCCCACAAGAAAAUGGCUCCAAGGAGGCCAAACCUGUAUGUGAAAUGGAGACAGAUUUGAAAGAAACUGGAAGAGAGGUGCCCACAAGAGAGAUGAUACCAGAGAUGAUUGAUGUCACUGAAGAAAGAGAGACAGAUUUGGAAGAAACUGAAAGAAGAGAAAUAACUGCAUGGGUAAAGGCCCCAGAGGAGGUCAAAACUAUAGGUGAAAUGGAAGCAGAUUUGAAAGAAAUUGGAGGAAAAAUUUCCCAAAGGGAAGAGGUAAUAGUGGAGGUCAGUGCUAUAGGAGAAAAGAAGAUUGAUUUGAAGGAGACUGGAAAAAGAGACAUUUCCCUGAUGGAGACGCCAUCAGGAAGGAUGACUGCCAUUGAAGAAAUGGAGGCAGAUUUGGAAGAAACUGGAAGAGGAAUUUCCUUCAGAGAGAGAGGAUCUGAAGAAAUCUGUGAUACGAAGGAAAUGGUGGCAGAUUUGAAAAAAACUGGAAAAAUAGACAUUUCUCUAAGAGAAAAUGAACGAGAAGAAACUGGUAUCUCAAGACAAACUGAGACAAAUUUAAUGCAGAGCGGGAGUGAUGACUGCAGCCCUACGCCUUCACUAGAUAUAAAAAAUAUUAGCAGUGAAGUACUAUUGGUGAUGCAUACAUCUGUAGAAGAAAAAAGAAAUUCUGAAAAGAAAGUACCAAGUCACUUCAAGACUUCUUCACAGACUUCUGAAUUUGGUAAAACAGAAGACCUGGGGAUGCGACCUCCAGAUGUUCCAGAGCAGUUUUCAGAUGUUAAUUUAAGCAAAUCUUUUCCUCAAGAACAGAAGCCACUUGAAGUUAAACCAGCACCUUUUAUGAGAAGUCGAUUCAAAAGACCAAGACCAAACUUAGCAAGAGCAGCUUUAAAGAGAGAGACUACCGAAGCAGAAAAAUAUGUAUCUGGGAAGAAAUCAGAAACUGACAAAAUGAAGACUAUAGUGAUACAACAGAACAGUGAACAAGCUGAUACUCUCCCUUCGCAACAUGAUGAGUCUUUCCUAAUGACAUCAAGAGAAAAAGACAAACCAGGUCACGAGAAGGAGGAGUCUGUGAUAUUAUCAUGUACACAGACAGAAAAGGACCUUUCACUUUCAAAUCCUUGUGAACCUAAAGAGGAGUCUCAGUCAGCACAAGCCAAGGAAAAUGAUUUAGUUGUUUCGAUGGGGACUCAUAAUAUAAACACUUUACAACAAGAAAUGAAGGAAAGUGUUAUCCAAAGUGCUCAACCAAUAAGGGGCCGACUUCAGCGACCCAGACCAAACGUAAGAAAGGCUGGACAGAGGCAAAUGGUAGGAAAAGGUGAAACCAAAGGCAUAAUUAAGGAAGAAAGAACAAUAGUACAGAAAGAUGAAAUUAAAAACAAAGUCCUGACUACGCUGUUAGCUGUGCUACAUGAAAAUAAACCAUAUGUUCCCAGUCCAGCACAAAUGAUAAGAAGGAAAUUCCAAAAGGCUAAGCCAAAUUUGGGAAGAGCACAUGGUAAGAAAGAGGAUUCAGAUGUAGAAAAAGGCGCAGCAGAUCAGAGUGAAGCAAGCAAGCCAGAAGAUAAUUUACUGCUACAACAAGGAGAUUCUGACACCCAGCUCCUUCUGAAAGAAAAGGCUGAAUUUCUGACAUCUCUGGAGGUUUCAGCAAGAAAAGAUUAUAUAGGUGCCAAAGAGUCUGAUUUGGCCCAAAAACGUGCUGAAUUAGAAGUUGGACCAUCGGGAAAGGUUGGAGAGGAAAUUAUAGGAGAUAAUUCUAUGUCUUCAAUCGUUGAAGAGCAGUAUCUUAGUAAAAUAACAAGGUGUCCACAACUGUUAAAAGAAUCAAAUUCCUCCAAAAUUGCUCCUGAUCGAAGAACUAUCUCUUCUGCAUCUGAGUGUGAGAUAGAUCAUAGUGAGAGGAGAAUGCAUAGAAAGAUUAAACCAAAUGUCACCAAAGGGCGUGGAUCAAAACGAAUUCGGGGUAAGACCGCUAAGAAGGAACCUAGGGCUUCCAAGGCCAUGCUGGUGACUCUUCGGGCUUCCCAGGAAGAUGACGAUGAUGCUGAGGAUUUUGAGUCUGACUAUGAAGAAGAAAGCUAUCAUCUUGCCCCAGAAGAAGUAAACAAAGCUCCAGUGUUUGUACCUGUUGGUCUCAGAUCUCCUGAACCUGUUUCUGCCCAGAUUGAGGAAACAAUGGAAGAGCUUGAAAUAACUGUAAAUGUCCCAGAUAUAGGAUGCGUAGCUGUUGUUCAGCAUCAGCUCUCAAACACAGAUGUGACUACUCAGGAAAUGAAACAAGAAGAAAAUUUGAAUGCAUCGUCAUUUGAAAUGACCACAGGUGAACAUACUCAAGAGGAACCAGGUACCAAUGAUGGAAGCACUGAAGCUGCCAUAACUUUACUUACUAUGGGAGAUCUAGUAUUGCAGUCAGAGAUCACUCCUGAACAGGGUGAUGUAGGAGUAUGUGUACUUCCUCAUGUUCAUUCAAAGGAUCAAAGCCAUAUUCCUUUCGGCCCCGAUAACGUAAAUCACGAAAUUGUUCAUGAAUGUCAGGAGCUUUCUUCACCUGUUGUUAGUACGUUUUCUGCAUCAUUUGAAGAAAACAAGAUUGUACUGGAGGAACAAAGUACUAGAGAAGAAAGUGGUUUAAUGGAGAGAAUAAAGGAGAAUGCUACAUCAACCAGGAGUAAAGCUUCUAAGGUAAUGAACAAUUUGAGAAUGAGUAGAUUUGCCAAGCCUAAACCAAAUCUUGAGAAGAUUUUAGGGACCAACAGGUUUGAUGCUCAUCAGGAAGUUCCCAUUUUGUGUGCAACCAAAGGAGAAGAAGUGGACACUCAAAGAGAAACUGAGAAAAAUGCUUCUGAAGCAACAGAAUUGGAAGAUAAAAACCUUGGACCAGUUACAAUAGAAGAGAUUAAGGAGCAGAGCAAAUUGGCAUGUGUACAUGGUAUCAAAGGGACCGGUAUUUCUCAAGAAGUAAACCUAACUGAAAGAAAUGAAGAUCAAGAAGAAGGAUCUCAAGAGGUUCAGAUAUUGUCAGUUGCUCCAGUUGUUUCCUCUGAGACAGGGCCCCACACACUUGAUUUGGAUGUGGUUCUUGGUGAGAGUUCUGUUGAAGAGCCCCUGAGAAAGGACUCUAAAGGAGAUAGUGUAUCAGAGUGUACACCAACCAGUAUUCCAGAAGUCCAAGAAGAGAAUGUAAUCAACCCUCAAGACCUAACAGUGAAUCUAGUUGCUAAUGUACAUCAAGAGGAAGAGGAUGAACAAGCAUUCAUUUUAACUCUGGUGGAAAUCCCAACCAAUGCAGUAGAAGAAUUUACAGAUGCCGCUGCACAGUUAAUGCCAAACGCUUUACUGCCAGCACCCAUAUUGGUCAAAUCAGUGAAUACCGAAGAAAGGGGUGACAUGAGUAUUUGUUUACCAGUAACUUCAGUUGGUCAAGAUACCAUGUGUUUAUCUAAUUCUGGAAAAGAUGGUUCUGAAAAGCCUCCUGCUAAUUUGGAUCUUAAAUCCAAGAAGAGAUUUCAUUACAGUCUUGAAAGUGAUGAUAUUCCUCCUGCCAAAAAAACUUCGCUCACUUCAAAAGAUGAUUGUCAAGAAUAUACCUCUGAGGUGUGUUCAAAGGAAUUAAUAAACGUUUUUGAGGAAACAGGGGAGUCUUACAAGGGACAAAGUCUUUUUUCUACCUCAGGAAGCACACAUACAACUCCAGAACCUCAAAAAGAACAAGUUGAACCAACUUUUCAGAAUAUAGGAUCAAGAUCUCUUGAUAAAAUAAUAGAUACACAUACAGAAAAGAAUAUGCCUCAUUUACCUCGGGAUGAGAUGAUUGUGUCUGAUAAGGAGGAAAGAACUGAUGCUGCUUCUAAGUCUGAGCAAAUGGAAAACAGAACAUCAUCUUCAAAAACCCCACUAUCCAGACCUGGCAGAAGACCCUUGGGAUUUUUGUCUUUAAUUUGUUCAAAGAAUAGUUUGGAGUCUGAUGAACCUACUCAGGUCCAUAAUAAGAAGCGCCUAAAACCUCUUAUACCUGUGUCAAGACAGAAUUUGAAAAGAUCCAAUCCAUUCAGUGAAAGCCAGAAAAAAAAUCAAGAGUCCUCUGAUCUGCUUCCAUCUCCAAGUGUUGUUAAUAAUCAUUCUGAGAAUAUUGGCUGUUCAACAACGCAGCCUUCACUGAAAGAAGGAUGUAAAAGUGGCCAAAACGGAGCACCUGAAGAAGAAUCAGCCAUAGUCUCUGAGUAUUUCUUCAGUGAUAUCUUCGUUGAAGUGGAUGAAACAGAAUAAAACAGUCUCUUACU